CAUGAGUUCCCCAUGGUUUCCAUUCCACUAAAACCAAUGUACAUCCUGAACCCCCACCGGUCAAUCAAUUCUUCAUCAAUCAUUUUGCUAACACAAUACUCUCCCCAAAAUAAGCGUGCCAUUGACAUGCGCCAAACUUUAAGUCAGUCGGACAUGGCUAUCAACGGAUAGACGACAGAGCUUUUUAAUAGUCGUAAAAAACUAUUUAAAGUAAUUUGUGGCGAGUGAUAAUUUUUUGUUUAUUUGACCUUUCACCAAUUAGUCUUGUGAACAUCAAGUUUCAGUGAGUAUGCAAAUUGUUCAUUUACAUAUGAGCAUAUGCAUUUCUGCAUGUGAGAAGCUCGUAAAAAAAUACUACGGUUAAGGUCAUCAUUAUUUCACUGGCAUACAAAAUACAUAUUUCAAUAAAAUGAAUACAAAAAUGCAACUUGACUGGAUGACAUAAAAUAUGCACAAAUAAUUAGAAUUCGAUUUCGCAUAGGCAGACCGAUAUACUUAUUAUGUCCGUAGCUGCGUGCAUAUAUACUUGGCUGAAAUUUCGGAAAAGUCAUACACAGAGUAAAUCAAAUUGGAAAUUGGACGUAACGAGAGUGUAAAUUGUUGAAUGGACGUUGGCAUUGAGAGGACGAAACGGCCAACAACAAAUUAUGGACAUCCUCCUGCUUAGGCUUGAAAGUUUCAAGUUGAAACUCUUUGACAGCAUCAUCCAUCCAGUGGCAGCAGAAAGGCUGACACGACAUUUCCCAUCAUGCAGAAAUCAUGAGGUAUGCAAAUUUCUUGAGAAUAGCAUUUCAGCCAGUGUGUGGCCUUUUUAUGGUGUUUAUUUUUGCUGACGCUUUGAUUCAUUGCAAACUCUCGACAGCCCAUUGCCACUUGCUGACAAUUCCAUGUUAAUCGCCUCACAGAAUUGCGAACUAACGAGACCUUGUAGUUCUCAUUCUGAGGAGUGACGGAAGUAUUGCUCUUUCCUCUGGUUUAUUACGACUUCAGUGACUCAAGUAAAUCAUUCUUCGUAAUUUUAACUGAGUUUUAAAUCCCGAAAUGCAAAUUUAAACCGUUACGUAAAUUGUUUUUUUUAAAUUUAAUGAACCUUAUAACAUUCCGGUAAAGUGAAAGUUGUAUAAGAGGUCAUUAACUCGACCAGUGAAAACAAGUUAGUGGAAAACAAAAACAAAAAUAAACGGCCUCAAAAUUGGGGAGCUAACUUGGAAAAGGUUUUGCAUCAUGUUUGCCCCAACGCUAACGUUGGUUAGUGUUUUAGUCCUUCUUUGCGUCAGUCUUGGGCAUCUCGCAUCCGUAACAGAGCCUGAAACGGAUCAACUAAAUAAAGAAAACAUGGACAAUGCGAAUCCACUCACCUCCCAUAUUUUGGACACGUCCAGAGGACGCCCUGCAGCCGGAGUUCUCGUGAAGUUGUUCAAAAGGGGGGCGGACGGGAACUGGGUUUUUAUUACGGAGCAAUCGACCAACAACGAUGGACGAAUUGGAAACCUAAUAUCUGGAGCUCAAUUUACUCCAGCCAUUUACAAGUUGAACUUUGACACAAAAUCAUAUUUUACGAGCAAAGGAGAGAAGACAUUUUAUCCCUUUAUCGACGUUAUUUUCGAAAUUGAGAAGCCUGAAGAGCACUAUCACGUCCCUAUUUUGCUUAAUGCGUACGGUUUCUCGACAUAUCGUGGGAGUUAAAUCGCUCCUUUAAAAAUUAUUUGCUCAGAACGAGAAAAAAAUGUCAGUUGUUGAAAUAAAACAUCGAAAUGCGUUUGUAAUCUUUUUAAA